CUGUAGAGUUUUGUACCCAGAAAUGGAGAGCCUUAGAGUGUAAACUGAAUAUUGCAACAAAAUACCAUCGUACCAAGUCCAAGGGUACAACUUGGCACUGCAGGAUAGCUGCAAAAAUUAAUGUAUUCCUUUUUAGGAGUUUCUAUUCCCAGACAUCCUGCUGGUUUUAAACACUUCCUUUGUGCCCUUUACAUACUGUGCCUUAAUGACUAUGUCGUAGUGUGAACGUCCAACUUACCAGCAUCUCAUCAAUAAGUUUCUUCAGAAUCUCAGCAACUCUUUUGCACUUUCUGGAAGCAUAAUUGUAGAUGAGGGUUGUUGCCCCCUGAUUCCAGUCCACGAGGAUGAUGUUCAUGUCCUCUGCAGAAAGCAGGAGAUGCACCAGGUCGGGGAUCCAGACGGGGGCAGAGCCUGUGAAUCGGUACCCGUGGACGAUGAAGGUGGUUUUCUUGGUCACGUUGAGGUACUUGGAGGCUUUUGAGUGGAGCUCCUCGGCACAGGUUGGGUUCUGCCGGGUGUAGAGCAGCAGCUUCACUUUCAGCUCUGUCCCUAUCAAAGCGCUCCCGAAGCCGAGGGCUGUGAAUGCAGGACAUGUCUCCCCGGGAUCUGAAAAGAGCACAGGGUGGCAAAUGGAGUGUAGCCCCAGUGCAUUUGCUUCCACCUGCCAGCCCUGCACAGGGGCAGGGACGUGUGUUGUGACAUGUCUGAGCCAGGGCUGCUUCUCUCCUGUCUCCUCUCCUCAUGUUCAUGACUGCGGUUACCUUGGAACUUAGGUUUUCUUGCCAUGUUGGAACAACGACAGCAAGUGCACCUUCUUGGAGCAGCAUUCCCUGAAACGACACAGUCCUGCUUCCACAGGCAGCUGGGAGAUGGCAUGGCCUCUCUCCAAAAAUCCCGGUAGUGUGAGGAAGUGACUGACAAGCGGGAUGGUUGCUGUGCUGGUUUGGGAGCACACCCAGGUGCUCUGGACAGGCUCAAGGGUAAAUGGGUGUCCUCGGGGCCGGUUUGUACCUCCAGCCUGGAGCUGCCCAGCUGCAGAGGAUUUACCAUGUGAGGGGCAGCUCAGUGCUUCAUUUGUGUGUGCAGAUGCAGCCUGCUAUUCCUGACUGCAAAGUGGGCACCCUUGGGCUGCGUGGGAUGUCACGGAUGGUGCUGUGUACACAGCUGAAGAGUAACUGAAUUGGGUGUAAGUGCUGCUCAAUGGGAUGGUCUGUGCCUUUGGAAAGCCUGUCUUUGUGCCCUGCUUUUCCAGCAGAGCCUUUAGAUCCCAGUACAACCUCCAACAGGGCACUGGCAGGGAAUGGAACAACUGUCUCCAGACAGAUGCUGCUUAUGAAGGCCCUCCCAGGUUUAGUAGCCUCUUCCUGGCUCACAGUCCUUUCCCCCAGAUCCUUUUAAUCUUAUUGAAGAACCUUGUGGGGGAGAGUGUCUCUCUCACACAUAUACCCUGGGCUGUGGCAAUUUUUCAGGCUGCAAUUCCUAGAGGAAUCUUCCUGAUCUUUGUUGCUUAAAAGGCUGUGCAGUGGGUAGAAGAGUUUAGAAAACCUGCAGCUGUAACCUAAUUGUGCUCUAAUAAAUCUCCAAUGCUCUGUGCAUUUUAACUUCUAUAUGAUGAAACUCUCACAGUUUCUACGAGCCACUUUCCCUUUUCUCCUCCUUUGGAAAGCAGGAGCAUGAGAGUGAUAUAAAUACUAUGUGCCCAGCACAUAAAACAAUCUGCUCAGUUGCCAUAGUUCUGCUAAUUACUCUGUAGAAACCCCAGGAGCUCCAGAAAUAAAAGUUAAUAGGCUAAAAGGAUGUUGCAGUUAAAUCCAACUGAAUAUUUUAAAUUGCUACCAUAAAUUUUAACAUCUGAAAUCCAUGGAGUCCUUACUGUAUAAAGCCUGUGGUACCACAUGAACAGUGGGACAGGAGUGGUGGGAAAUGAGCCCUCAGCCAGGCCCACUGAAGGUGGGUUGAAACCAGGAGCCUUUGAAUGGGGGGUGCUCUGGCUCCUUAAUGCUUCCCCCAGGGCUCCCAGGGGCAGGGUGGCUCUGGGCCCUGCUCCCAAGAGGAAAGGUCACCUGGUGGCUGUCUCCUGGCCAGCCAUUCUUACAGUGCCAAGAAGCUCCAGUGAAGGAGCAGCAGGAGUUCUCCUGUGGCACUGCUGUUGUGGAGAUCUCAGAGGAAUGGCAGAGGAAAGCUCACAUUUCUGCUGAUCUACGCCAGCUCACACAGUGAGACUCAGCGACUGUCCUCUAGGUGCUACUGCAGCAUAAAAAAAUACAACUAUCUUGGUUUUACUAAUAACUAGGCAUUGUUUUACUUAUUGUAUAGCAGUAUUAUAUGGUGUUGUUAAUCAUCUUUACCGCCACUGAAGCUGUAGUAAUAGAGGCAGAAAUGCCAGGCAAGAAUUACUUCUAUAUGGUGCAAGAUUGCACUGAUUGCUUAAUUUGUGUCUGUAUCUCCUGCACUGUGCUGAGACUUGCCCAGAGGAGCAGUGUGUUUGUCAUCAGAAUAGCCUAAAGCUCCUGGUACAGAGGAGCUUUCAAAGAGCUGGUCAGCAUUUGCUGAUACCUGACACGAAUUGAUUCGGGUUUGAUUAUUAAAAUCAGAUCAGGAUUAUAAUAUGUAAUAUUAUUACAGGGGGGAGAAAACCUGCCGGCUUCUCUUCUGGCAGGAUGGUGCCCAUCUCAGCCUCAUCCUGACACAUCAGGAUGGCCAGUUAUCCUGACUUUGCUCUUCCUUCCCAUGAGCACAGUGACUCCCACCCAAAUGGCUGGAAGUGUCUUUGAAACUCCCAGAUGACUGGGGUGUGGUGAAAGCAGGAAGUUACCAGCCAAGAAAUGAAGACCAGUCUUUAGUUAUACAACUGAAGCUUCUUCUUAAAAAGGUGGGGCACUUUCUAUUCUAACAGGUUUCCUUAAUUUAGACAUAGUUUGCCCUGGGAGAUGACUAAUCAAAGACACAAAUGGGUUGGUAUCACGCUGUAAGCAGCAAUUUGACUACACUGUGUUGAAACUAAGGAAAUUAUUGCCUGUUUGUCUUUUGCAAAGAAUGUCAAGAGGAUCGUAGGUGUCACUGCAAGUCUGAUAAGCAUCUGGGCAGGGCCAGUGCUUGGUUUCCCAGGGCCCUGCCUUUGGAAAGUUCAUGAUGAUCCCUAAUCUCCCAUGUUCCUCCUGCUCUCUAGAGUCCCUUCUAACCCACAAAGCCCUGUCCUCUCAGGCAGGAGGCAGGUGCACAGCACUAUGUGUGACAGAGGGAAGGUACUUGGGGCAGUCUGGCUCUCCAUUGGGCUCCCAAGCAUCUGCUUCCAAGCAUAUGCUGCUCAUACAACUGGCAUUCCCACCACAUUUUCUCGAAGACCUCCUGGAACAUCAUGAAUUCAGCUCUAAUUCAACAAGAAGUUCUGCCAAUGGUGAGACAGAAUCAGUCCAACAGUGAAACACGAAGAUGAACAGAAGGCUUUUACCUGUUGCAAAGGACAUCUGUGAAUCAGAGAUAAAAUGGGAUAAAUCAAGAGGGCCUUGCCUUUCUUCUCAGCACAAAAAGAGGUAACAACUUAUUGCCUGAAGCUAAGCUCUACUUGUUUCUUUCCCUGGAUUUCCAUUUCCCUUCUGAGGUAGCUCAUCUAAGUGCCUCUCAUUUCAAUAGGCUGGGACUGGCAGGCUCUUCCUUGGAACUCUCAAUCAUCCCUCUAAAGACCAUGAUUUUGAGACCCUGGGGCCUUGCUAUACACUCAGACUGCACACACAGCGAAGGAGAAUAUAUAGCAAAUGCAAAGUGAGAAAUCCUUCCUCUCUACGUGCUGGAUUCAGGUGUGGCUGUGCUGGACCAACAGUAGAAGUCAGAACUCCCUUCUAUUAUUUGUUCUCUGUGUUGCUGCACUGCUGCAGUCACAGUGAGUGAGUGCUAUUCUGCCAGAUACCAUUUGGGCAGGAAUUCUGAGUUCCAGAUCUCUGGAAAUCCCAGCAUGAGCUAACUAAAACGUUUCAGUUUUGAAAACAGUGUAUGAUUCGAGCCCAUUUGAGUUCCCAGGAAUCUCUCAAGUGAGCACUGGAGCAAAUGCUCAGGACAGGCUCAAAGAGCACUUCACAGCCAUUCUGUUUGCUCCUGUACAGUGCUCCUGAGUAAGUCUCCUGUGAAUUUGUGCUACUUUUCCCAUGUGAUCAGAGGCAAUCUCAUCUCUGGGAAUCUUUAUAUCCACAGCCAGGCCUUUCUUUCUGUUGUUAGUUGGUGAGGCUUCCUGCUCUGGGGCUGCCAUCUGUAUGUGACUGUAAGUAGCCCAAGAGGUGGCUGUAAGGGAAGAAACAGUAAUGUCUGGACUCAAGGUAAAGGCAAAUGUCAGUAAGGAACCAGUUUAUAAUACUCAGCCUGCCUUAUAAAUGUUAUCCCAAGCAAUAGGGGGUUUGGGCUCUUUUAUCUGACAAUUACAGUUCUGCAAGAUCCCUCCCUCAAACCUAGCUCUUGGCAGAAAAUCGUGUGUGCUGUAUAUAUGGAUUUUGGGGUUAUGCAGCUGCUCCUUGUCCUCUCUGAAAAGCCAGUGGUGGAAAGGCUAAAGCUUGAGCCACGUCACAAUUUGGAAAUGUCUCUAUGCUGAAGGAGACCAACACCCCAUGAUCCCCACAACUGCCUUGUCAGUGCUAGCCAGGGUAAAGCUUGUGCACUGGAGAGAACAAGGAAAGGGAAAAUCCUCAGCUACCUCCUGCUUCCCUGGAAGUUUCAAAGUAGCUAAGGAAAGGUUUCAGGGUGGGAGAUCUGAAGCUUCAACUCUGGGCUUUGUGGGAUCAGCAGUAGCUUUUCCCCCGCUGCCCCUCUCCCACCCUGCAGCCGUGCCCUGGAUGAAAGGACAGCUACCAUGCCUUGGACGUGGCACUGCAGGUGCCAAUGCAUUCACUGCUGUCCUUGAACUGCCAACAGCAGUGCUGGAUCUGGAAAAGACUGACUGGAAACAGGUAUGAAAAUUUUUCAGCUUCUUUUAAUGGAAUUUCAGGAAGUGGAAAUAAAGUGUAACCAAGACUGCAGCUGUCAGCGUGAGACUGAUCAUCAUCUCUGUUCUCCAAACCAGAAUUUCUCCCUGAUGCCAAACCCAAAAGAGUGUGAAGGGGAGGGCACUCCAGUUCUGAGAAGAUUCAAUAACUGGUCAGGGGAAGGGAGACAGAAACAUCCAAUUCCUCAUGCACACAGGAGUGACUGGCAUACAGGGCAAGGAAAGAGUCAGAUCCAUCCCGGGAGCCCUUUGUACAAAUCAGCUGCACCACAAGCAAUACCCUGUGCUGUUUCUUGGAAGGGGCUGAGAUAAACACAGCAGCCUUAACUCAGAUUGAUAAGUAGCAAUUCACCUACCAGAGGGAUAGCCACGUCCUCGUACGGCAAUUUAUCUUCCCUCCACGCGUCAUCGAUCAAAUCCAGGAUCCUGCCAUCCCUCUGCACCUCGCUGUCCAUCCUCACAGCAGGUGAGUGCAGCUAAACCUGUGACACAAAGCAGAUGCUGUUCCCAACAACAUCCCCAGCCAAGGAGCUGCAGUUCGGACUCUGGGCUUGCUCUAGUUUGGAUCUAAUUCCUGUUAAGAUUAAAUUGUUAAGAUUAAACUUGAUUUUCCUAAUCCACUCAAAAAGGGUUUAUAACCACAGGAGAACUACUUCACCUGAAAAGAACAUUAUUAAAGUGAUUUGCAGAUUGAUAUGCAUUAGAGACGGAUAUAUAAAACCAGCAGGUUUUUAUUAAUGAUAUUUAUGUGUGUUUAUAUCUACUGACUGGCUUUUAGAAGCCUACUUGGAGUGAGUUUGAGCACCCCCGUAACUCUGCCAAGAGCCCUUUGCUGCCCUGAGCAGUGCUGUGCCUCACCCAGGGCUUCACGAGUCUGGGAGAGUCACAACAAAGGAUUUCACGGCACCCAGAAUCCUGCCCGAACCUGAAGUCCAGGAAACUGGUGAAACAGAAGAAAAACAAGACCCGUCUUUCACCCCCGGCUACAAGAAUCCCUCCGGGGUGUCUCACUGUACUCUGCCCUCCCUGAGGUGUCACGUCAGGGACUCGCCCCGGUGUGACCCUGCGGCUCGAUCGUGCCGGAUUGGGUGGAGAAGCAGCCUUGUUCGUGCAUUGCCAUGGGUGACCACUGCUUUCCUGUACUUCCCUAGCUGCUGAAGCAACCAGGAUUUGGUGAUGGAGGCUUUGCUGGAAGGAAUGCAGAGAAAUGAGCAGGGGAGCGGCGGGUUCCUGACCUCCUGUGAGGCCGAGCUGCAGGAGCUGAUGAAGCAGAUCGACAUCAUGGUGGCUCACAAGAAAUCCGAGUGGGAAGGGCAGACACAGGCUCUGGAAGUUUGCCUGAGUGCUCGGGAGCAGGAGCUUUCCUCUGCCAGGGCUGCUCUGCAGGAAAAACAGAAGGAGGUUGACCUGUUGCGGCGCCAGGUCGAAGAGGUGGAAAAAUCCAAGCAGGACAUGGCUAGAGAGUAUGAACAACAGCUGAAGACGUUCCAGGAGGAGUUGUCCCGGCUGAGGAGGAGCUAUGAGAAGCUGCAGAAGAAAAAAGCAAGAGGAGGCAGAGGAGAUGCUAACAAGGGACAAGAAGGAGAUGAGUUUGAAUUGAGCAGACUGACCAGGAAGCUGGAGGAGUUCCGACAGAAAUCGCUCGAGUGGGAGAAGCAGCGCCUGCGGUACCAGCAGCAGGUGGCAUCGCUGGAGGCUCAGCGCAAGGCUCUGGCAGAGCACUCCGAGCUCGUGCAGACCCAGCUUGCCAAUCGGAAGCAGAUCCUGGACUCGGUGGAGCUGGCCAGCCGCUCGGAAAUCCAGCACUUAACCAGCAAGCUGGAGAGGGCCAAUGACACCAUCAGUGCCAACGAGCUGGAGGUGGAGAGGCUGAACAUGAGAGUGGAUGACCUGAGCCAGAACAACCGCCAGAUUCUGGCAGAUCAGCAGAGAGUGCAAGAGGAAUUAAGGCAGUCCAAGAAAAUGGUAGAGGUGCUGCAGGAUGAGAAAAGGGAACUGAAAGCCACCUUGCAGUCUCAAGAGGAUUUCAUUGACAGCUCCAAGCUGCAGCAGGAGCAGUUACAGAAAGAGCUGGCCGGGAUGACUGAAACUCUUCACACAAAGGAAUUCCUCAUCAGGGCCCUGGAGGAACGCUUGCAAGGGAAGCAGUUGUCCUCUCCGGAGCUGGAGCAUGUGCUGCUGCAGCUGGAUGCUGCCCAGAAGAAGGAACAGCACUUGCAGUCAGAGGUGACUCGUCUUGAGAACAGCCUGGUGUCUUCAAAUGCCAGGUGUGUGCAGCUGAGGGAGGAGCUGGGUGAGAAUAUCAAAGAGCUGCAGUCCAUGGUAGACCACCAGACUGAGUCAAAGGCGGAGAUUAAAAAGCUGAAAGAGCAGCUCUCUCACGCUGAACAAACACACAGCAGUGAGCUGGAAGGGAUGAAAAGGGAGAUCUCCAGGCUGAUACAGGAGCUGCACCAGCGAGACAUCACCAUUGCAUCGGCAAGUGACUCCACGUCAGACCUGGAACAGCGGCUGAGGGCGGAGGUUGAAAGAGCAGAGAGGAAAGCAGUGGAGCACAGGGUAGUUCUGGUCCAGCUGGAAACCUUGAGGCUGGAAAACCGUCAUCUCUCAGAGAAGCUGGAAAAAACCAAGUGUGGUGUGCUGGAGGGAAAAGAUGUGACCCUGAGAGCCCUCAGGGAAGACUGUGCUGUCGAGCUGCACAAGCUGAAGUCUGAGAACCAGCAGCUGCGGAAGGACCUUGCGGAGACCAGGGCAAAGCUGGAGGUCAGUGCACGGCUCUGCCCAGAUGAACCCCAGGGCACUGCCCAGCAGGAGCCAGGCAAAGAGCCCCAGGCCAGGGCUGUGCAGCACAGGACAGCUCGAGAAGCACAGCACAUGGAGGAUGAACAAGCAACCAGGAUACAUCUCCAGCCUGAUGGGACUGCUCAGCAUCAUCGUGGGGAGCCCCAGAAAUGUGGGGCUGCUGAAACGGGACCUGUGCCCCCCGAGAUGGGUGAGCCACCCUCCCAGACCAGCAGGAAGAACUGCCAGGAGUCACCUGCCUUGCUGGGAGCAGAGCCUUUGCUCCAUGUGGUGGAUGGAAACAAAGAUUUUGCAGAUGAAGCAUCCAAGCAGCCUGUCUCAAAUCAUCAGAGAGAAUCUGUGCCUUUGUGCCCCUUGCCUACAGCUUCUGUUGGAUCAAUAGCUGCAAGAUACCUGGAAGAGGAAGAGGUGAGAUCCCAGCACAUCCUGGAAUGUCUGAACGCUCACAUUGAGGAACUGAAAAAAGAGAGUGCAAAGAUAGUGAGACGGUUUGAACACCAGGAGUGAUGUUUCUUGUGGAAUUGGAAUGCUGGAAUAUGCGGUUCCAAACUGUGACUGGGGUGGUGCCUAUAAAUCACUUGCCAUCAGAAUUUGAGAGGCCAUGUCUCCCACUUGGAGCUGAAUCAGCAGGAUGGGAGCUCAGGGAAAGGAACUCCUCUCUAACAUGUUUGUUCUGAUGAAAGGUGUUACACCACAAACAUUUUAGUCAGCUUGGUAGGUCAGAGACCUGCAUCAGAGCUCACAAAGACUUUGGUGUUUUUAAGAAGCAAACCACUUGCUAAUUUUUAUGUAAAGUAUUUAAAGUAUAUUUUAUACAUGUAAAAGCACUGAAAUAAACCAGAAUGACAAACA